AUGGGGGCCUUAUAUGUUAAUAUGUUCAAUGGUUGGUGUUUCACUACCAAUAGUAGCAAAUGUAAGGGGGGGAGAAUUGUGUUACCAUGGAAUCCAAAUGCUUUCACUCUUAGUGUUUUGAAGGUUACUAGCCAAUUGAUUCAUUGUUUGGUUUGUCCAAAAAGUGGGAGUGUGGAAUUCUGUUGUACUUUUGUCUAUGCUUUUAAUCAGAGCAAGGAGAGAGAGGAUCUGUGGAGCGAUCUGAGUGGUUUUGGUCUUGGUAUGCACAAACCAUGGCAGUUUUUGGGUGACUUGAAUUGUGCUCUAAAUAUAGAUGAAAGGGUUGGAGCUCCUGUGAGGCAUCAAUCAGUGGUUGACUUUAGAAAUUGUGUGGAUAUAUGUGGGUUAGAAGAUGUUAAAGCUGCUGGACACUUCUACACCUGGAGUAACAAACAAGCAGGGGAUGAUGGGGUGUUUUCUAAAAUUAAUAAGGUUAUGGCAAAUGACUUAUGGUUCCAGAAUUAUCCUAAUGCUGAAGCUGGUUUCUUGUCUGAAGGUGAAUAUGAUCAUUGUCCUAUUGUGCUUGCUGUGUACCCUUGUGACAACAUUGCAAAGAAGCCAUUUAGGUAUUUUGCCAUGUGGAAGCAUGCUGAGGGCUAUACUGACCUGGUGGUUCAGAAGUUAAAAAGAAUGGAAGGGGUGUUUAGAGAGCUGAAUAAAACAGGUUUCAAUGAUAUCCAUGGUGCUGACAUAAAAGCUAAGCAUGAUUUGGAGUUAUGUAAGAAGGAUCUUCACCUAGCACCUGGUGCGAGUGAGCUUGCUGAUAGCGAAGUUGAAGCUGCUAAGAGAAAGCAAAAGAAGCCUGGGCAAAGGAUGGGGAUGAGAACAGCUCUCUCUUUCACAAAAGCAUUAGAGCUAGGAUCAUUCAUAACACAGUGCAUGUUAUCCAUGAUAUGCAUGCUGCAGAAAGAUCAAUUAUUAGUUCCUGUCACUAGUGAGGAAAUCAGGCAUGCUAUGUUCUCUAUCAAUGGUGACAAAGCCCCUGGCCCUGAUGGGUUUGGGAGCCAUUUUUUCAAAGAAAACUGGAUCAUAGUUGGGGAGGAUGUAACAAAGGCUGUCCUGGAAAUUUUUCACACUGGAAAACUUCUAAAAGAGAUCAAUUCCACUACUAUCACCCUGAUUCCCAAGACAAAAUGUCCAAAAAGUGUUACUGAAUUCAGGCCCAUAUCCUGUUGCAAUGUAAUUUAUAAAUGCAUCACAAAGAUCCUUUGUGAGAGAAUGAAAUGUGUUCUUCCUAUGCUGAUAGCUGAGAAUCAAGGGGCUUGUGUACAUGGUAGAUUUAUCAUGCACAACAUCAUGAUGUGUUAA